AUGUGCUACUAUCUCAGAACGUAUCACAAAUACGAUUGUGGACACGAAGUCCUAUUCAGGAGAGAAUACCUUGAUUGUAAUGGUUACAACUGCAGGGCAAGUAGGUUCCACAACCCGAACGAACACAUCUGUUACGGUAAUCCAGGAUGCACCGAUGAAAUGCCUGAUGAUCAGCGCUUGGUCAUUGUCCAGCCAUUAGAGCUUUGUAACCCCUGUCGCGGUAUCCCCGAACAUCCAACGAAUGGCGUGGAUGGCCACAGCGAAUCGGAAAGCGAGGAAGGUGGAUCUGAAGGCAAUGGGGAUGAUGCGGAGUAG